AUAUCCGGAGAUCCGGAUAAGAACGCGGAUUCGUUCGCGCGCUUCAAGUGCGCGAUCUUGCGGCGGAGCCACGCAGCCAUAACACAUCAUGGACGCGCUUCGGACCAUUGACCUCGCGGGUAUGCGCAAAUCCGUGCGUGGCCCCGAGGCGAGAGCGCCGGCUGCGGUCGCCCGCGAGGUGUGCCAGCGGCUCGGCCUGGACCCGACGCGGACGCUUCACGAUCUGCUAGUCGAGUACUUGGAGCACGAACCGCCCAAAGCCAGUGCAGUGGCGACGCCGAUCGAGGCCGACGAUGUGCACCAAGACGAGGUCGCGCGCCACGAAGCCCGUGCGGCGGGCGUGGCGUCCAUCGUGCAGCGCGUCGUGCAGCACGGCUACGUCGAUGCGACCAACCCCGUUGUCGAUUUGUUCGACAUGGAAAUGUUUCUUGGCCGCUUGCACGAACUACGCGACGCAUUCCCGCCGUUCUGGACACACGCGCUGGCGAUCAAGGCCAACCCACUCGCCGGCAUCUUGCGUCACGCCCAGCCACUCGGCUUUGGCUUGGAGACUGCGUCGUAUGCAGAAGCAAUGCACGCGCUGCGCUUGGGCUUCUCGCCCGACAAGAUCAUCAUCGACUCGCCGUGCAAGACGGCAUCCGAGCUCGACGCUGUCCUCUCGCUCGGCUGCUACGUCAACCUCGACAACGUUGCUGAAAUCGAACACGUCGAUCGUCUCUUGCGCGAGAAAACAACAACAACGGCAGCACCCAAGAUCGGGCUGCGCAUCAACCCCGUUGUCGGCGGUGGCACGAUUGCAGCGUCAAGCACGGCGACCGCGACGAGCAAAUUCGGUUUGAUCUGGACGCCCGAGACCAGCGACCGCCUUUUGUCGCUGUACAAAGCGCACCAUUGGCUUCAAGGCGUCCACGUCCACGUCGGCUCCCAAGGCUGCGCACUCGCGCUGCUCGUGGCCGGCGCCAAGCGCGCGGUGGCGUUCGCUUCGUUCAUCAACGAUGCGCUCGGUCGACGCCAAAUCGACGUGAUCGACAUUGGUGGCGGUGUGCCCACGAGCUACGACGGGCUCAAGGCCGAGCCUGUCGCGUACGCUACGUACGCGUCCCUAUUGCGCGCUGACGUACCCGAGCUUUUCUCGGGCGAGUACCGUGUCAUCUCGGAGUUUGGUCGAAGUGUCUUUGCCAAGCCCGGCGUGACGCUGAGCCGCGUCGAAGCCGUCAAAGACUGGCAAGGCCACAAGGUUGCGAUUCUGCACUGCGGCGCCAACCAGUUUCUGCGCUCCGUGUACCUCCCGACAACGUGGCCGAUGGUCUACUCGGUCUUUGCUGGCGACGGCAGCAUCAAGCACAACGUGCCGUUCGUGGCGCAGGACCUCGCGGGACCGCUCUGCUUCUCGGGCGACGUGGUCGCGCGCCAAGUGCGCUUGCCGCAAGUCGCAGCCGGCGACUAUGUCGUCCUCCACGACACUGGCGCCUACACGAUGGCCAUGUACUCGAAGUUCAACAGCAUUCCCGCGCCGGCGACGCUGGCGUACACGCCAACGUCCGUGGCAAUUGUCAAGGCGCGCGAAUCGCUCGAUGCGACGCUGGCGUUUUGGGGCAGUGCGUCCGAGGAAUUGCAAUGGCGUCCGUGCAGCUAGACUCCUAUACGUCGACAGGCACGUGUGUUGCUUCCGGAACCACCACUUGAAUCAUGCAGUUGAGUAUCAAUCUAUCGACUUGAGUUCAUUCC